AUGCGGAUGCUGCCGUCGAGCAGCAGGAGGAGAGCCGUGGAUAGAUCCAUGUCUGGCGAUGACGAUGACGAUGACGACGAUGACGAUGACGAUAACGAUAAGGACUACGAUAACGAUGACGAUAACGAUGAGUUUAUCACUUGGUCCGACAGAAGUUGUAGAGUAAAAGCUGUCAUGAUGGAGAAAUCCGUUAAGGUUCUCAACAUCUCCGCUAAAGUCACUAAUCAGGAUAUUGUUGACUUCUUCAAGUUUGCUGGAGACGUUUAUUCUGCAUUUUUCAAAUCGGAUGAAGCAUCGACGUACCCUGCAAAAAAGUGUGCAAUUUUGACAUUCACGGACGGCAACGCAGUUGAGGCUUCACUGUUGCUUUCAGGAACUGUCAUUGGAGACCAACCGAUCCAUGUGCUACGCCUUUCGGACGAGGAUUACUAUGACUUUGCCUCCCAAGAGGCAAUGGUGAAUACGGCUGUAGUCCACAAUUCAACAGAACCGACUCGCAAAUCUGAAUCUGUUGUUGCGUCUCUGCUUGCCUCUGGUUAUCUGCUGAGUAAAGACGCAUUGGAGAAGGCGAGGGCAUUGGACGAUAGUCAUGGCAUCAGCCAAACCGCAUCUACAAGUAUGGCGGCUGUGAGAGAGAAGACUGCUGCUACUGCAGCUGCUCUUGACAGGAGGUUUAACAUCUCUGAGAGGAUGAGUGGUGCAUCUGCUUCUGUCGGCAACGCCUUUUCCAGGGUGGAUAACACAUAUCAUGUGACUUCCAAGGCGAAAGUUGUUGCAGCAACGGCAGAGGCGUCGCUCUCACAGGCUGCACAGCAGGUCAUGAAGAACCCGUACGUUGCAUCUGGAAGGGAUUGGAUGAUCGGAACGUUUGAGCGUGUGAAACAGCAGACUCUUGAGCAAAAGGAGAAGGAGGAUGAGGAGGAUGAGGACGAGGCGCGCGUGCGACGCGAGAAGGUGUCGUUAAAGCCGCAGAUUCGCUCCAUUAAACGGCUGCUGAGCAAGGUGGACCUCCCCCCCGAGGCGCGGCAGCAGCAGGAGGCGAAGCUGGCGGAGCUGCAGCGGCGGGACGCGGAGCGCGUGCGCGCGGAGAAGAGAGCCGCGCUGGCGCGCAAGCUGGGGCAGAAGUACCGCCUAGGGCGCUUCUACGACCGAGUGCGCAUCAUGCGGCGCAUCAAGCGGUUGGAGAGGCGUCUGGAGGAGAUUGAGCGAGGGGGGGAAGGCGGAGGAGGGCACGCGGGCGGUGUGGUGGAGGGGGGAGAGAGUGGGGAGGUGGAGGAGGAAGAGGGGGAAGAGGAAGUGGAAGAUGGAGAGGAAGUGGAAGAGGGAGAGGAAGGGGAAGAGGAGGAAGAGGGGGAAGACGGGGAGAAAUUUGAGGAGCGUGGGGACGAGGAGGGAGGAGAGGGAGGGGCGGGAGGGAAGGGACGGGUGGGAGGAGAAGGAGGAGAGCAAACUGAGGAGAAAGCAGUGGAGAAUGAGCAAGCAGGGGAAGCAAACUGGGAGGAAGAGUACGGGGGAGACACGGAUGAUGACGAGGAGGAGGAGGGGGAGGUGGGGGAGGGGCGAGGCACUCCCGAGGGCGAGAGGGCGAGGAGGGAGAGGGUGGUUCUGAGUGACUGUAAAGCCAUGGGGCGGGACGAGGUGGUGCAGGAGCUGCGUGUGUGGCGCGGGUACCUGGAUUAUGUGCUGUACUUCCCCCUGUGGCGGCACUACGUGUCAGUGGUCGUGAAUCACGGGUGUGAGCACAGCAGCAGCGCGGACAGCAAGCGGCGGUGGGGGAAGAUUCAAGCGCUGAUGGUGCUGGCGCAGCAGAACAAACGCGAGGCGGAGGAGAGGGCGCGGAGGGAGGAGGAGGCGCGGAGGGAGGAGAGGAAGCGGCGGGAGGAAGAGCUUCGUGCUGCAUCACUGCUGGAUGAUGCAGAAGUGGAGGUUAAGGACAGGAAGAAACUGGCGGGGAAGAAAGGUGGGGAGAGGAGUGACAAGGCGGGGAAGGAGAAGGGGAGGAAGGGGAGGGAGGAAGAGGCGCAGACGAGUUUGCUAGUUCCUGCUGGGCUGAAUAAGAAGAAAGUAUUCGUGUAUGAUGAUGAUGAGGAGGGUGAGAUGGAGGGGGGAGGGAAGGAGAGGGAGGGGAAGUGA